AUAUAUAUAUUUUAUACGCACAAAACACAUCACUGACACUCUCACGGAGCCUUCAGCCCUGCCGUUUCUUGCGCCUGAGAGACGACUCAGAUUCGCGCAGCCCCGACUCGGCGUUUCCUUUUAAACUGUCUGACACCCAUCCAUCCAUCAUCCCCCAUGCGAGCUCCGAUUUUUCGAUUUUUCUCCGCUGAUUAACUUCCCCGCUCUGAAUCUAAAUCUAAUCAAAGCUCCACGCAAUCUCCUCCUCCUUCUUUCCUCUUCUUAGACCCCCCAAAAAUGACCUCCAUCCUCUGUUUUAAUGCCGUAUCUUUCUGAAACUAUCAACAUCUGCAUCUGGGUCUGUUCGUUUUGGUGAUUUCGGGGGCGAAUUCUUGUUGGGUCCUCCAAUGGCGGCGUCGGCCGUUGCCUCUCCCCUCUGCACAUGGCUUCUCGCGACUUGCAUGUCGAUGGCAUGCGAGAAGGACCACCCCGUGAGGUCGUCCCUGUUUCAGUCCCCGAGGAGGCUCAGUCAAUGGGCUCGCCGGAGGAAGCUCGUGCCCAAAUGCAUCAGCGCCGGGGCCGUUGAUUUCUCCGGCGGCUUGAUUUCGUCCUUCUGUGGACCUAGUAUUCAGAAUCUGAUGAGUUCUUGUCUCGCUUUUGAGCCCUGCAAAGAGUAUUACAGCUCCAAAGGGCUUUCUUCCUCUCUCGCGUUCUUCGGUGAAAAUGGGUUCUCUUUUUUUGGGUCGAAGCAGCCUUCCACCACUCGCAGACAGAGGCGCAUGAAUCGAGCUGCUCACGCAGGCAACACUAUGGCUGUGGCUGUUCAACCUUCUAAGGAAGUAGCAACAAAGCAGAAGCCUCUUACAAAGCAAAGGCGGGUUGUUGUGACAGGGGUGAGUGUUGUAUCCCCUGUUGGUCACGAUCCAGAUGUUUUCUACAAUAAUCUUCUUGAAGGUGUUAGUGGCAUAAGUGAGAUUGAAUCAUUUGAUUGCACUCAGUUUCCAACGAGAAUUGCUGGAGAAAUCAAGUCUUUCUCAACAGAUGGAUGGGUUGCCCCAAAACUUUCUAAGAGGGCAGACAAAUUCAUGCUGUACUUGCUCGCUGCUGGAAAAAAAGCAUUGGCAGAUGGUGGGAUUACAGAAGAUAUCAUGGGUGAGUUAAACAAAGCCAGAUGUGGAGUUUUGAUUGGCUCUGCAAUGGGAGGCAUGAAGAUUUUCAAUGAUGCAAUUGAAGCUUUAAGGGUUUCAUACAAAAAGAUGAAUCCCUUCUGUGUUCCUUUUGCUACAACCAAUAUGGGUUCUGCUAUGCUUGCAAUGGAUUUGGGUUGGAUGGGUCCUAAUUACUCCAUUUCAACGGCUUGUGCAACGAGCAAUUUCUGUAUACUUAAUGCAGCAAACCAUAUUAUUAGAGGUGAAACAGAUGUGAUGCUUUGUGGUGGAUCUGAUGCGGUAAUUAUUCCCAUAGGCUUAGGAGGUUUUGUGGCAUGCCGAGCACUUUCACAGAGGAAUAGUGAUCCAGCUAAAGCUUCACGCCCAUGGGAUACUAAUCGGGAUGGAUUUGUUAUGGGUGAAGGAGCUGGUGUUUUACUAUUGGAAGAACUAGAACAUGCUAAGAGUAGAGGUGCGAAUAUUUAUGCAGAAUUUUUGGGGGGAAGCUUCACUUGUGAUGCCUAUCACAUGACUGAACCUCAUCCUGAUGGGACAGGCAUUGUUCUCUGCAUAGAGAAGGCCUUAGCUCAGGCUGGCAUAGCCCGAGAAGAUGUCAAUUAUGUAAAUGCACAUGCGACAUCAACACAGGCAGGUGAUCUGAAAGAGUACCAAGCUCUAAUUCGUUGUUUUGGCCAGAACCCCGAGCUAAGAGUGAACUCUACAAAGUCCAUGACUGGUCACCUACUGGGAGCUGCUGGGGCUGUGGAAGCUGUUGCAACAGUAAAGGCAAUCCAGACAGGAUGGGUGCAUCCAAAUGUCAAUCUUGAAAACCCUGACCAGGGCGUGGAUACAAAUGUCCUCGUGGGUGCCGAGAAGGAACGUCUGGACAUAAAGGUGGCGUUGUCUAAUUCAUUUGGCUUUGGUGGGCACAACUCAUCCAUCUUAUUUGCUCCCUACCAGUAAAUCUGAUGGGCUUUUUUUUUACAUCACGGUUGGUCUUAAGGAUAGGUGAGCAUACUUUUCAUUUCAAAGACAUGGAUGAGGCUUGUAUUGAUCAACUGAAAUUCGGGGUGGAUUAUUGUGACAGGGGGUUUAGAGUUGCAAGCACACAAUUAUAGUUUUUACCCUAAUUUCAUCCGCCUACUCAAACAUUACUUCAUAUAUUUUCUUUUUUUCGUCCAUCCGUACACAGAAGAACUGGAGAGAACUGUGUAUCAAUUGGUACACUGCAAUCUGAGGGAGAAAUCACUUGGACCAUCCAUUUCAGCCGUUCAAUGAGGGCAGUCCUGCCAUCAGCCUGGGUUACCCAGAUUGAUGGGUUCUGCGUCUCUCAGGAUAGCAAAAACUGUAAUGGAAGAUCCGUGACAGUUCCCAAAUGGACAGAAUGAGAAUCAUCUUUGCAGGCAUUAUAAUUGCUUAUGGUUUGAAUAUAAAAAGAAAUGACCAUUAUAAUUGUUGCAGCAUACAAAUGUUUCUUUGUUGGGCAGUUGGGUGCCCCAUCAUGAAGCUUAAAUAAAACCUUGACCCCGUAAUUCCGUGAUGAACGCAGAGCAGCUUUCAGAUUAGAGUUGUUAUUGUGUUUAGGGGUAUAGAAUUCGGAGCCCUGAAUUUGUUUAUUAUAUGCACUGCAAGCUAUUAAAGAUUUCUAUUUGUGACUA